AGCGCGGAAUGUGCAUUAGGCGCGAAACAACUAAGAGACAAUAACCAAACAAGGCUGAGGAUUGACUAACAGAAAUUUGUCGAAACUUCCUGUCCAUCUACGAUUUGUCGUCACCAUGGCUCUCAAUCCCGUUGAUUACAACAUUCAAAAGGAGAAAAUCAAAACUUUUUUCGCCGAAUUCCAUAAGGAUGGGAAAAAUGGUAAAGAUUUCAAGUAUGCCACACAACUAACUAAGCUAGCUCAUCGUGAGCAGGUUGAACUUGUUAUUGACUUAGAAGAUGUGGCAGAGUUUGACAGUGAUUUAGCUGAGCAGAUUGUCGAAAAUGCUAGGCGAUAUACUUUACUUUUUGGGGAAGUUGUUCAAGAAAUGCUACCCAACUAUAAAGAACAUGAAGUUGAAGCUAAGGAUGCCCUGGAUGUGUACAUCAAUCACAGAAUGAUUGUAGAAAGCCAGCACCAAAAUGAUGAACCUAACAGGGCACAGAAAUAUCCACCGGAGCUCAUGAGAAGAUUUGAAAUUUAUUUCAAAUCUCCAUCUUUACAAAAGUCCAUACCCAUUAGAGAAGUUAAAGCUGUGCAUAUUGGUAAACUAGUAACGGUUCGAGGUAUUGUUACCCGUUGCACGGAAGUUAAACCGAUGAUGCAAGUAGCAACGUAUACAUGUGACCAAUGCGGUGCUGAAACGUAUCAACCUAUAAACUCAACUUCUUUCAUGCCGCUUCUUAUGUGUCCUACUGACGAUUGUAAAGUGAAUAAGAGCGGUGGCCGUCUGUAUCUUCAAACACGUGGCUCAAAAUUCGUUAAAUUUCAAGAGCUUAAAAUUCAGGAACACAGUGAUCAAGUGCCAGUUGGGCACGUGCCACGAUGCUUGACUGUCUAUUGUCGGGGAGAAACUACACGACUGUCUCAGCCUGGUGAUCAUGUAAGCAUUACAGGCAUCUUCCUUCCAAUGUUACGUGCAGGUUUUCGGCAGCAACUGCAAGGACUUCUUUCCGAAGCUUACGUUGAAGCUCAUAGAGUUAUCCGGCUAAAUAAAACUGAGGAUGACGAGAUGAGUAUGGAAACUUUAUCAGAAGAAGAGCUGCGGCAAAUCGGCGAAGAAGAUUUUUAUGAGAAGUUGGCUACAAGUAUCGCGCCAGAGAUAUACGGCCAUGAAGAUGUCAAGAAAGCCCUCCUGCUGCUAUUGGUUGGUGGUAUUGAUCGUAAGCCUAACGGCAUGAAAAUUCGUGGGACAAUCAAUAUCUGUUUAAUGGGUGACCCAGGUGUUGCAAAAUCACAGUUACUUAAGUUCAUCGACCGUCUAGCACCGAGAAGUCAGUAUACCACAGGUCGCGGAUCUUCCGGGGUGGGUCUGACUGCCGCUGUGCUCAAGGAUCCAGUUACGGGAGAAAUGACGCUGGAAGGAGGCGCUCUUGUUUUGGCUGACCAGGGUGUCUGUUGCAUUGAUGAAUUUGACAAAAUGCCGGAAUCUGACCGUACUGCAAUUCACGAAGUUAUGGAACAGCAAACCAUUUCAAUUGCUAAGGCAGGAAUCAUGACGACACUCAACGCACGUGUGUCCAUAUUGGCUGCUGCUAAUCCUGCUUAUGGUCGAUACAAUCCUAAGAAAUCGGUAGAACAUAAUAUCCAACUACCAGCAGCCCUUCUGUCUCGUUUUGACGUUCUCUGGUUGAUCCAAGAUCGCUCAGACCGAGAAAAUGAUUUGAGGUUGGCACGGCAUAUUACCUACGUGCACCAGCAUUAUUGUCAACCGCCGACACGAGUCCAGCCUCUUGACAUGAAGUUGAUGAGGCGAUACAUUGCUCUUUGCCGCCAAAAACAGCCAUCUGUUCCAGAGCACUUGACCGACUAUAUCGUCAGCGCAUACGUCGAAAUGCGUAAAGAAGCAAGAAACAAUAAGGACAUGACAUUCACUUCAGCUCGUAACCUAUUAGGAAUUCUGCGUUUGUCCACAGCAUUGGCCCGUCUUCGCUUGGCCGAAGAAGUGGAAAAAGAAGACGUUAGAGAAGCCAUGCGACUUAUGGAGAUGUCAAAGGAUUCUUUGAAUCAUCACGAUCAACGACCAACUAGGCCCACGAGUGCCAAAGAUCAAAUUUACGCUCUAGUUCGGGAUUUGGCUGGCGAGAAUAAAGUGGUGAAAAUGUCUUCCGUGAUUGAACGUUGUACAACAAAAGGUUUCACGCCAGCACAGGUUGACGACUGUGUGGAAGAGUACGAGGAACUGAACGUUUGGCAGGUUAAUCAGACCAGAACUACCUUGACUUUUGUGUGAACACUCCAACUCUGCUGUCUUAUCCCUGUCAUAUGGUGUUGUUCUACAUUUUUACCUGUAUUUCUCAAUCCCCAAAUUAAUUUUCUUACACAAUUCUCGUAAUGUUCGUCAAUUACACGUUUUUUGAACUAUA